UCGCCAGCCGACUUCAACCAGAGCAACAUGACUCCGUUGGCACUGCUGGUCCUGAUCGGCGCGGCGGCCGCCGGGGGCGCCCCGGGCUCCGGUUCCGCUCCCUUCGGAGGACCAUGUGUGGUCGGGAUCUUGGGCCGGCUGCCCGGAGCUAGGGCCUACUCCAGAGCUAUGAUCUACCCAUGGAUCGCCGGAGCGUAUCCCGUCGCCGUACCGCGCGCCGCAUCAGGCCCCCAGAAGCCCAUCCUCAAGAACGACAGCGUCAACAACGGAAACGGCAGUUCCGCUUCCGAAUACGCGACCGCCAACGGCAUCAGAACGGGCGAGGCUGGGGUCCAGAAUAACGCCGAAGAGCCCGGAGCCAAGGCCGAGCCGGUGCCUCGCUCCUACACGUACAUCGACGACGCGGGAAAAAACAUCACCGUCUACCACAUCGUCAACGGUGGCCAACUGCCCACCCGGCCAUCCAUCAAUGAGGCCACCUUCAGGUUGCUGAAGCCGUACGCUGUUGAGGAGGCGGCGGCCGUGCGCUACCCUGAAGCAGGCGCUCCUGGAGUCGGUUACCUCGGAGACGGGUUCCCCGGAGCCGGUUAUCCCGGAGCCGGGUUCCCCGGAGCCGUGUUCCCCGGAGCCGUGUUCCCCGGAGCCUGGUUUUCCGGAGCCGAUUUCCAAGGAGCUUACGGCGCCCUGCUGCCCUUUCUUGAAGCCGCCCGGCUUCGGCGCCAAGACCGGAUACUCGUACCCCAAACCUGGCUAAUAAACAACCUCUGAAGUUGCGACUUGAACACCCAAGGCCGAGCUCUUGAUCUCCUUCCUCGCUUGCGAUCUUCUCAUUUAUAACCUCUCUGCAGGUUACAACCCCCUGUUCGGUGACGCGAUGACUAUGUGCUACGGCGAGAAGAUAGAACACCUUUUUUGUACCCAAUGUGUAAUAGAACUAUCGCAUAAUACUCUAGUGAUUUCUAAAAUGUUGAAAGUUUUUUUUAUGUUUUUUUUUCUGCUCAUUUUUUUAUUUACAAAAUAACAUUAAAUAUAAAUACAUUAAUUGUAAGAUACAUAAAGCGGUUGUUUUCAACCGGUACUCCCACUCAGCUAAAUCUCUUCCGGCACCUCUCCACAGACUUCGCUUGAGCGCGCGAUGAUUCAGUACUUGUGUUCAAUAUGGUCAGGACGUGUCAGUGUCGUUUGGAACCAAAUCUCGGGUGGAUGAAACUAAUUUCAGUAACCUUCAAUGACGUAUGAAAUGACCACGUUUUAACUAGUUUCUAUUUUGUGGGUCACAAACCGUGUAUUCACUGUAAGUGACCCUGGCGUAUGAAAAGAAUUUUGUGUCGCUUUUUACUUGUACAGGUAGAUUUUUUUCUUUUUAAUAACAAUUCCGCUGAUCAUAGCAUCGUAUGAGAAAUCUCCAGCUUACUGACAUGUGUUCUGGUGUUUGACAUGAUUUGUACGGUAAGAUAUUUUUGGUUGUAAUUCAAAGGUUUGCUACAUUAUGUUUUCCUUUUAUAUAAAUUACGAUAAACCACAAAAAGCGGGUUCCAAACCCGCAUCAGAAAACUUCACACACUGAAUGACGGCUAUAAGGCUCAUUCUCAUAUUACACUCUACAUCUGAAAAUAACACUAAACGGUUCUGUGUUAAAAAAACUCUGCUUAAAAUUGCAUUUACUUGAAAACUUCGUUAGAGAAAAUGCAUACCUACAUCAAUAAUUCAACCAUUUCCUUAGUUAACAUAAAAUAAUAUGCAUUCUGUUAAAACGGUUAUUCUUAAUGGAAAAAAAACCAUUGGGAAUAAACUCAUAAAAUGAUUUGCCAUUCUUAAUUGAAUCCCUCUUAUAAAUAAUACCACAUCAAAGUUAAAUAUGACCAUUUUACAUCCAACAGAAUGAAUGGUGCUAGUAAAAUCUGUAAUUGUAAAUAGCAUGUAGCUAUCGAACUCUGAAAGAUUUCUGUGAUUUGUUCCACACAUCCCAGUUAACUUUAAGGGUUUAUAGAAAUAACUGUAUAUUUCUUAGAAUGUUUAGAUAUUAAUUUUAAAUGUGACAUUAUUAUCGUUAUACUUAUAUUAUAAAUGUUAUUGUACUAUGUGUGAAAUUAAAUAAAUAUAUUUACAAUUGGUACUUAA